AUGACCACUGAGGACGUCGACAAGACCACUGUCUACCAACAAGACCUCGAACGCGGUUCCUCGGGCACCCCCACACUCGCCACCUCGAGCACCAUUAGCGGGUACGACGAUAGUUAUGAGGUGUACAAGCAGAUCCAAAACCUUGAGUACGACGAUGAGGAAGCGAAGAAGGUGUUGAGGAAGAUUGAUUACCGUGUCGUGUCGAUUCUGUUUGGGACGUAUCUGCUGCAGUAUUUGGACAAGAAUGGUAUCAACUACGCAAGCGCGUAUGGGUUCAACGCCGGAACGCACAUCAAUGGCAGUCAAUACUCCUGGUUAAAUUCACUCUUUUACUUCGGCUACCUGGUUGCUCAAUACCCGUCAGGAUACCUUAUGCAACGCUUUCCUAUCGGCAGGUUCCUCAGCUGGACAACGAUAACAUGGGGCGUGAUCCUGCUCACCACCCCAGCGUGCCACAAUUUCGCCGGAAUCGCCAUCAACAGGUUCAUGCUCGGAGUCGUGGAGGCUGCCGUCAAUCCUGGCUUCGUGCUUAUCAUGGGUAUGUGGUACACGGCCGCUGAGCAACCUUUGAGGUUGGAGACGUAUUAUUGCACCAACGGUAUCGCUACUAUGUUCGGAGGUCUCUUAGGGUACGCCAUCGGCCACAUUAACACGGGCCUCGCCCGCUGGAAGUACGUCUUCCUUAUCUUCGGUGCGAUCAGUUUUGCCUGGGGUAUCGUCUCCCUUUUCAUUCUUCCUGACCUUCCCACGACGGCGAAAUUUCUUACGGAGCGAGAACGAGCCGUGGCCGUGAAACGAGUCGGAUCGAACCGGGGAGGCGUGAAGAAUAUGCAUUUCAAGACAGAGCAAGCCUGGCAAUGUGCCAAAGAUCCGAAGACGUGGAUGUUGUUUGUUAUGGCGAUUGGCGCUCAGGUGCCCAAUUCGGCCCUCACUAGCUUCACCUCAAUCAUCGUCAAAUCAUUCGGUUUCGAUACUCUGGGCAGCCAAUACCUCCAAAUCCCCGGCGGCUUCGUCCAAUUCGCAGCCCUCCUCGCCGGCGGCUUCAUCUGCACCAAAUGGCCAAACUCACGCUGUAUCACUAUGAUUGUCGCCAACACCAUCUGCAUCCUCGGCGCCGCUCUCCUCGUCUGCCUGCCUAACUCGAAUAAGUGGGGGCGUCUGGUUGCUUUAUGGCUUUGUUACUUCCAGGGAUUGGGGUUUUCGAUGAGUUUGACGAUGAUCAGUAGCAACAUUUCAGGGUAUACAAAGAAGCAGUUAACGGGUGCUGCGGUGUUCACAGGAUAUUGCGUUGGGAACAUUAUUGGUCCGCAGACUUUCAAGAGCAGUGAGGCUCCUGGUUACCACUCUGCUUAUGUCGCUAUGCUUAUUGGCUACAUCAUCAAGUUGGUCAUGGUUGUCGUUCUGUACAUCUACAUGUGGCGCGAUAACAAGGCACGGAACAAGGCCGCUGCCGAUUUACCCGCACUGACGGAAGAGCAAGAAAAGGAAACAAUCGAAGCUGGCAUGAAGGACAUGACGGAGCUGGAUAACAAAGGGUUCAGGUAUACGCUGUGA